AUGAGAGUCUCUAAAUUCAUUAAUUCUAAAUACAACGGAGAUAUCAUCCAAGCUCAAAAACUCAAUCGUCAGUUUAUUAAAAAUCAUCCUUCUAUUGCAUUUACAAGAGCUGACAAGAGUAAUGCGGUUGUUGCUAUUGAUAGAGACUUGUACACGAAUCAAAUGGAGGAGAUGCUUUCUGAUACCAGCACGUAUGCUUUUGUAAAAAAGAAUCCAGUGAACUCUAUGUUGAAUUCUCUCAAAGAGUUGAUAAAGAGAUGGAAGGCUCGCGAUUACAUCACGGAACUUAAUUACAAAAAUUUAAAUACGUUUCUAACUAUCCUUCCUAGAGCCUAUGGAGUUCCUAAGAUCCAUAAACCCGGCAAUCCUCUCAGGACCUUUGGUGCUUCUAUGGGCUCUCAACUCUUUCCGAUCCUUGCAGACAUUGUAAUGCAGAAUCUUGAAACAUCCAUUUGUGAAUUUCUCUCUUUCCGUCUACCUUUACAUGUCAGAUACGUCGAUGAUAUAGCUCUCAUGGUUCCUAAAGAGCAAUUUGAUGCUGUUUUNAAUCUUUACAAUUCUUAUCAUCUACGCCUUCAGUUCACUAUGGAG